AUGAGCCAGGAAUAUGCUCCCGGCAUCCCAGUGCGGGUCACCGAUUACGCGGACAGUGUUAAGAAGCGCUUUGAGGAAAACGCAACCGUCCCUCCGGUGAAGCCUCGUAAGGAAGCAAGCGAAGAUCUACCUGUUCUGCCUCCUGGGGUUACCAGGCAGAAUUUCAAUGCCGCAAUUGAGCAACUGAAAAGCAUUGUGGACGGUCACGUUGAACUAGUGGAUCAUGAUUUGGAUGAUGGAUGGUACUUACACAGGCCGCUGACCCACGAUGUGUUCGCUCUGGAUGAAGACGACUACUUUGUCAACAGUGCCAUCUGUGCUCCUGGAAGCGUCGAGCAAGUCCAGGCGGUGGUGAAAUGGGCGAAUCAAUGGCUGAUUCCGAUCUACGCCGUUUCAAUGGGACGCAAUUUUGGGUAUGGUGGCUCUUCUGCCAGAGUGAAGGGCUCAGUCGUGCUUGACAUGGGCAAGAGAAUGAACCGUGUGUUGGAGCUGAACGAGAAGAGUGCCUUUUGCUUGCUCGAACCUGGAGUGACUUACUACAUGCUCUACGACGAGAUUCAAAAGUCGGGCAAAGAUCUUUGGGUCGACGUGCCUGAUCUAGGUGGUGGGAGUGUCAUGGGAAACUCUCUCGACAGAGGCGUGGGCUAUACUCCCUACGGAGACCAUUUUGGUAUGCAUUGCGGCAUGGAAAUUGUCCUCCCGGACGGAGAGGUCAUCAGAACAGGGAUGGGUGCUCUCCCGGACGAAACCACUGAACACGGAAGCUCGAAUACCUGGCAAUUGUUUCCAUAUGGGUUUGGACCUUACUCAGAUGGUAUCUUCACUCAGUCGAACUAUGGCAUAGUGACAAAAAUGGGCUUUUGGCUGAUGCCCAAUCCCGGCGGUCACCAAACCUUCCAAAUCACAUUCCCACGAGAGGACGACCUUCACGAUAUCAUCGAGAUCAUGCGACCUCUGAGGAUCAAAAACAUAAUCCAAAACACACCACAUCUCCGACAUAUCAUGCAAGAAGCAAGCGUCUACGGUAACAAGAAAUCGUAUUGGCCACACGACGGACCUAUUCCGCAUGACAAGAUCGACGAAAUCAUUGUGCCCAAAUUUGAAUGGAUCGGAAACUUCCGCUGGAUCCUGUAUCUUUGUGUCUAUGGGCCAGACGUCGUCCGAAAGGCCAAUAUCCAAGUCAUCACCGAAGAGUUCAGCAAGAUUCCUGGAGCCAAAGUCAUGUUUCCCGAGGAGACGCCCGACUAUUCCUACCUGAGGAGCAGAGUCAAUAUCUACGCGGGCACGCCGGAUCUGAGAGAACUAGACUGGGUUAUGUGGCUCGAUAAUGGGUCACAUACCGCCUUCAGCCCCAUCAGCCCUCUCACCGGCAAGGACGCCGAGAAACAGUACCAACUGACGAAACGACUUCAUCAGAAAUGGGGGUUCGAUUACUUCCCGACCUUUUGCCCCGGAUGGAGGGAGAUGCAUCAUAUUGUCAUGAUCAUCUACGACCGAGGAGAUCCAGACUCCAAACACCGAGCCCGGUGUCUGAUGGAGGAAUUGGUGGCAGAAGGCGCCAAAGUUGGUAUGGGAGAGUACAGAACGCAUCUGGCCUUGCAAGACCAAGUUAUGGGGACUUACAGCUGGAACAACCACGCCCUGCUCAGAAUGAACAACAAGAUUAAGGACACGCUCGAUCCAAAUGGCAUUUACGCGCCAGGGAAAAGCGGAAUCUGGGGUCGCUGCUGGGACAACCGAGAUAGCGCCCAUCCAAGCAGAGUUUCUGCAUCUUCCCAGGAACCGCAAGGGCGAUCGACAUUGGGGAGACUCAGCUCUCAGGUUUCCGACCAGCUGUCAAAGAGUCGACUCUAA